UAAUUCAGAAAUAUUUACUAAGUUUACUUUUCUAUUCGAAACACUUUUAUAGUCCAAUUUGUCCAUGAACGCUAUGAAGUGGUAUAAUCCAGUGACGUGGUUUGUUUUGGUUCUGAAGAGCAGUCGGAGGUAGCAGUGCAGGGACUGGUUUGAUAGCCAUUUUGAAGCUACACUUAAUUUCCCACUUCAUAGUAAGUGAGGAUGAAUUGUCGUUCAGAGGUGUUGGAGGUGUCUGUAGAGGGCCGGCAAGUUGAAGAGGCCAUGCUUGCUAUCCUGCACACAAUUCUUCUACACCGUAGCACGGGCAAGUUCCAUUAUAAGAAGGAAGGUACUUAUUCCAUUGGUACCGUUGGGACCCAGGAUAUUGACUGUGAUUUCAUUGAAUUCACUUAUGUCAGAGUGUCUUCUGAGGAGCUUGACAGAGCAUUACGAAAAGCAGUUGGUGAAUUCAAGGAUGCACUGAGAAAUUCUGGAAGUGAUGGCAUUGGACAAGUAUCCCUAGAGUUCUAUCAGAAGAAGAAGUCACGCUGGCCCUUCUCAGAUGAAUGUAUCCCAUGGGAGGUCUGGACCAUUAAAGUCAAUGUGGUGUCCCUGGCUAAUGAGCAGGAGCGGCAGAUUUGCAGAGAGAAGGUAGGAGAGAAACUUGGAGAAAAGAUCAUUAACAUUGUGGAGGUUAUGAACAGACACGAAUACUUGCCAAAGAUGCCAACGCAGUCAGAGGUGGACAAUGUGUUUGACACAAGUCUUAAGGAUGUACAACCCUAUCUGUACAAAAUCUCCUACCAGAUCACUGACUCGCUCGGCACAUCUGUCACUACUACAAUGAGGAGACUCAUCAAAGACACGUUAGCUCUGUAGAGCUGCAUAAAUAACAUGGACUGCUACAAAGUUGGACUGGGGUAGUUAUUUUGUGAUUAUUAGCUACAUUUUAUACCCAGAAAACAAGUCUGUAAAACAGAUCCUUGUAUGUAUAUAACAAAUUAACUUUUGUUUCAUGAUAUGUAAAAUAUUGUAUCAAAUAAAGUAAACAAUGAACAAUGAA